GUAGUGAGUGUUCAUCGUGGAUUUACGUCGUGCGUGUUCCGAUUUUUUAGUUUAGAAAUUUUGUAUCGAAAUCUCAAAAUGAUCAAAAGACCGUCGAAUAAGGAUAGCGAAAACGAUAUCCUGCGAAUGCAGCAGGACUUUUACGCCGAAACAAAUCGGGAUGCAAAGUUUCAACCCGCUGCCAAAGUCGUUCGCGUUCGUUCGGAUGGCGAUGAUGGACCUGCUUCUGCACCACCCCCGACUGGGAAAGCCUCCCGUCAGUCGGAGUUCGCUCGUCGUCGGCAGUUGCAAAAAACUGAGAAAAAUAGGCAGGAAGAUCAGAGAGCGUCGGUGCCGGAAAAUACGAUUAUUGGUGAAAUAGUAGAAAAGCGCUAUGAGCAUCGAUCGGUUCCGAUGGAUGUUGAAGAGAGUGGUGAGGAAGUUGAGGGAGCAUUUCCGAAACCGGUUCACUUGAAAGUGCUUCCGAUUGCCGGUGGGAAGAAGAAGAGUUUGUUCGCUCAAAUGUUCAUUAGAGACGGGGGUGGUGAACCAAGUGGUCAAGGAUGUAAAAUUAAGAAGUUUAAUCUCCCGGUUGAAAGUAUAAUUUUGGAAGGUAAAGAUGCGCUGGAAAUUCACGAGGAAAAUGUUCAAAAAAUGCAACAAAUGGACGAACAGGAAAUUAUCAAGGAAAAAGAUCAUCUGGUGAGCACCAUGGACCCAAAGUUGGUGGAGUUUUUGAAAUCUAGAAGGAAGGGUGCAACUACAAGUCUAAAGCCGGCUCAGGAACCAAUUCACGAAAUAGAAGAGGUAAAACCUGAAAUUCCGGAUUUGGAUGUGCUGCAGCAGGAUGGAUCCGAUCAGUGGAUCAAUUUCGAUAUUCUGGAACCGGAAAAGCUAGAGUGGACCAAGAACAUUCAGCGGAGUUUAAAGGAUCUCAAACCGGGGGAAACGUUUGAGGCUCGUUUUGACUGGAAGGGCGUACUCCAGCCGUAUGCAGUCAAAGGCGAGGACCCGAAGAAAGACGAUCGUGAAUUGUACUUGCACGGAGAUGAAGUAGAGCGUCCAGGUUACACUUUGCAGGAACUUUUCCGCUUGGCACGGGCCAAUGUGCUGCAGCAACGAAUUUCCUCUUUGAAUGCCAUUGGAGGGAUACUGAACAUUCUGAAUCAGGGUUUCUACGACGGAGUGUUGGAGCUUCCAAUAUCCAAAACAUUCUUCUUUCUGCGGUUCGCUUUGGAUGAAAACACUCCGUCGGUUGUUGAGGCUGCCUCUCGAGCGUUGGCUUACUUUUUCUACAAUGAUACGGAUGAAACGCUGCUGGACGCAAUCUACGACACGGAACGUGGAAUCUAUCAGCCUGAGCUUGGUCUCAACAUAACGCAUAGUCGAGCAGAGCAAGAGGAACUGCGUCAGAAAGAACUGGAAAAGGGUUUCGAUACCAUGAAACUGCACGAGCAGAAGAAAUCACAGAAAAGCAGUCGCAAAGUGCAAUUUUCUACGCAAAUCGAUGACGACCCAGAUGACAUCAAUAAUCGGGAAACGAUGAAUGAUUUCCAUCUGGCAGAAACCGAUCUGCUCGAGUGUCUUCUGCGAUCAAACAUCCUGGAACGAAUUCGGUACAUUCUGUUUUCGAUGCGGCCGGAAGGAACCACGGCUAUUAGUUGUACGAAACUGUUGAUACGGCUAGCGCGAACCAACGAAUCGAUGGCUGUAAAAAUUGUCUCCAACGAGCAGCUGAUCGGCGGGCUGGUGAACAACUAUUUGGUUUCGAUUGAGGGGGCCGGUAAAUUUGAGCCACAGCAUUUGGUGAUCAAGUUGCUGCGGGUGUUGUGUUCCUACGGGAACGAUUUCUACGAUCGUUACUUGGCGAGGUAUCACGUGACAAGUCUGCUGAAGCGAUACGUUUUCUCCCGGAGAGAUGUCAACGUCAGCUUGAUUCAGACGCAAAUCGAGACGUUCCGGUUCAUGCGUUUGAUUUUGAAGUGCACUCAAAAUGACGAGUUGUAUUGUGAAUUGCUUCCGGCACUGUUUUACCUACUGGAAUGGCACUACCAGCAUCUCGUCCUGGAUGAAAAUGGCCCGUUCAUCAUCCGUCAACACUGUGCAUCCUUGUUAGCAUUAAUUGGCUACGACCGGGUUCAGCAUGUUGCCACUGUAUUCAGUCCGCAGAACUGGGACCGUUUGUUUGCCUGUUUCAGUAAGUGGUUCAACGGGGCGACAAAGUACGGUGUUAAUGAGUUUUCCCAGAAGCUGCUACUCGGAGCCUGCCUGGAUGUGGCAGCCAAGGUGCGUCCCAUCGCCGGAACCUACUAUCGAAACUUUUUCGAUGGCUAUUUGAGCGCUUUCCUCAAAAGUGUCAAGUUUGACGAUCUGAUGAAACAGCUAAGUCAAUCACCGCUGUUUAGCACCGCGGCUGGAUUGGAGGACAGAAGCGAGAAAAUUGCUCCCCUUCCAAAUCUGGGGAGCAUACUGACGAGGGAAAACCAUUCAACAGCUCCCACGUUGAUCCUAACGAAAUCCUACCCGGCAUUUAUGCUACACGCGAUGCUCGAUCUAUUGCGUUCGCACGCCGAGUCUGACUUACUACCAUUGCAGCUGUUCGUCGACAAUAGGUUUCAUUUCAAUUAUUUGAUCAAACUGGCCAGCAUGGUUUCGGAACGAAAUCGUAAUUUCACCCUGACCGGUCAAUUGUCAACCAAUUGGUUUUUGAAAGGCGAAUUGAAUUAUAUUCUCGAUGUGUUAGCGGUGCUAGUGAAGGAUGGUCGCUAUCGUCCUGGCAAAAGAGACCCUCCAAGAACCAAUACCGAUGAAGAAGAUGUUGACAUGAAGAAAAGCGAAAAAUUGAUUUCCAGCGAAACUUCGGCCAACAAGGAUGGGCGAUUACUGCUGGCGAUGGCGUUCAAAGCGCUGCUUCACCUAAGCGAGGAAUUUUAUCCGGCCAUCGUACGGUUGUUCGACGAGGUGAUUUUUGUUCGAGAUUUUUACGUCACAGUUGGUGAUGGUGUUGCAGCCGAAGACCUGCAGCGGUGGAAGUUCAACUAUAAGGUGAAGCUGAAGACGUUGGUGAAAAAUGAGGGAAACUUUUCCGGCACUCGUAACAGCUACACUGUCAUCGGAUGGCGCAUCCCGCUGCUUGCUCGAACGUGGCCCUAUUCGUUGUUGUAUAUGCUCCUGGAGAAGGCUGAGCAAGGACCCGCCGCUCAUUUGCAGCACUUUUCCGAGGAGCAGAUCAUCAAGACAUCGCUGCUAUUUUCCGAAUUACUGGAACUGAACUCCAUCAGUCUGACAACUGUCACCCAUAAAUUGAUGUACUUGAUGACAGCUUUCCUGGGACCGGAUUCCAAGUUUCUAGACGGUGACGUCUCGGCGCUUAUAACUAGGCGUAUCAAUGCCCUCCGUGCCGAGGUGCAGUGCAGUGGGGAACGGUUCGAUUUUGAUGCCCGGCUUGAGGAGCGGAAGAGCUACCACGGACUAUACCAGCUGGUGCUGGACAUCUUCCAGAGUUCAAGUUACGGUCACGAACCGUUCAGUGCGCUAGUAAUGGUCCCUCUGGCACAGCGGUAUGAUAUUCAAUGGCGUAACCUGGUGUGGUCGGAGCACGUUGCCGUGCUUAGAUUUAUUACCUGCAACGAGCAACAGCUCUUUGGGACGCUGGACGAUUAUUUGCAGCCGGAAGAGACCGAUGUUACACUCAUCAGGUUCUACAGCCAAGCAUUGAACUCGAAUCUGCUACGCCCGGGGACGGCACCUGCCCGGAUAGCAGCCCACCACGUCCAAGCGUACCGAGCAAGGGUGGACAAAAGGGAGCAUACUAAUGAUAAUGAUAAAUAAACGGAAACAAGAAUAAUGUUAA